AUGCUGCGCCACGUGCUGUGCGUGUUAGCCCUCGCGCUGUGCUGCUGUGCUUCAUCGUGGGCGGUAGAAACUGGCAAAGCUGAGGGCCCGGUUGUAUUAGAGCUUACGAAUGACAACGCGAAGAUAACGCUGACGGAGACAGUUGUUUCUAACAGCUGCGAAGUGGAGACAACACCAAAAACUGGGAAGAGCAGUGAUGUAACCAUUUCCACCGCUGUUACAUGGAAGAAGGGUGAAUCAAAAGAAACAAAAGCAAUUCCGCAUGAAUCUUCGAAGACAGUUAAAGUUCCCGCUGGAUAUAACUUGACGCUGAAGACCUCACUGGAUGUUAAAUGUUCGAAUAAAGGCAUAACGGCUGCAGCAGCCUCUGAAAUAACGUGUACAGUUAAGACGGGUGAGGAAGCUACCAAUAGUGUCACCUAUGAUGCCACUGUGAAGUCCACUACAACUGGCCAGACUGCCGUAAAUAACCCGGAGACAGCAAACCUUGAAGUGAAGGUACCAGUUGGGCACGAAGCGAACAUUUUUGCGAAAGUUGUUGCUACUUGCACGCCUGUACCAGAAGCCACAAACUCUCCAAAGUCUGAAGAGGCCAAAGAUCUGACCGGAGAACAACUAGAUACGUCAUCUCUCAAUACAAACGUUGGGGAUAUGUCUGUCCCACUUAAACCUACAUCAGUGAAGGAAAAUACCGCCCAACAAAAGUCAGACGAACAGGCGCCUCAGGGGAGAACUCAAUCUGGAACACCACGCACCCCAUUGAAAGACCCCACCACCGUCAGCGCAAAUCAAAAUGAUGAAGUUACUAGUGGAGAAAAGGGCAGUGUUGUCAGCAAAGACAUCCCCACGCCAACUUCCAGCGAGGCAGAGAGCACAGAAACGGACAACUCCGUCACAGUGAGUGACGCCGAUCACACUGCCUCCACAGCCGCACCUCAAUCAGAGACCACCACCGAAGGGGCACCCAACGCUGACGCCGGUACGUCCACCACUGCGGGAGAGGGCGCGAAGCUUCCUGACCGCAACACCGACGCCAGCAGCAGCAGCACUGCGUGGGUGCGUGCCCCACUGUUGUCGCUGCUUGCCUGCGUGGCCGUGUGGUGA